CUGAGCUAACAGCAGGCUGUCAGUGCCCCCGAGUCCUCUCCUGUCCGGCUAGAAACAAGAGCUGCUUUACUGGAAGGAAGAUCCACGCUCACCCUGAGCUGAAGCCCCAGAAAGGCUCCCACCGGCAACAAUGGCUGCUCCCAUAAACCCCGCGGACGAGCCCAGGAUCUACCAGCAGACCCUGCUCCAGGACGGCCUGUACGACCUGCUGGAGGACGACAAGCUGGUCGACUGCGUGCUGAAGAUCAAAGACAAGGAGUUCCCCUGCCACCGGCUGGUCCUGUGCGCCUGCAGCUCCUACUUCCGCUCCGUGAUCCUGUCCGACCCGGAGGAGGGCAAAAAGAAAGAGAUCGUCCUGGAGGACGUGGAGCCGGGCGUCAUGGGACUGAUCCUCAAGUACCUGUACACGUCCAAGAUCAACGUGACGGAGCAGAACGUCCAGGACAUCUUCGCUGUGGCCAACAUGUACCAGAUCCCCUCCAUUUUCACCGUCUGCGUCUCUUUCCUGCAGAAGCGCCUGAGCCUCAGCAACUGCCUGGCCGUCUUCAGGCUCGGCUUGAUGCUGGACUGUCCCAGGUUGGCCAUUUCCGCCCGAAACUAUGCCUGCGAGCGCUUCCAGCUCAUCUCCAGGGACGAGGAAUUCUACCAGUUGCUGCCCAGCGAACUGGCGGCCAUUUUAGCCAACGACAACCUGAACGUGGAGACGAGGAAGCCUGUGUUCGAGGCCUUGAUGAACUGGGUGGCGCUGGACCCCUGAAGCAGAGAGAAGGAGCUGCCGGGUCUGCGAUGCGUUCGUUUGCGUCUGGUCGGGGGGACUACCUGAGAGGAAAAGGUGGAGAAGCACCAUGAUCUCGUCCAACCCGAGCUGCAGCAAAAGCUCCAGCUGGUCAAGGACGCACGCGGGGCAAGAUGCCGGGAGUUAUUAAACAGAGCAAUGGCAACGAAGGAGGCCACUGGAGCGGACAAGGAUGGAGACGGCGAGGCUAAGGACGAGGAGGAGGAGCUCCUCCAGGAAUCUCAAGAUAACCUGCGGUUCGGCAUGUUCAUGCGCGACCUGAUACUGAUGGUGAACGACGUGGGCGCCGUGGCCUACGACCCGACGGGGAACGACUGCUUCGUGGCCUCGCUCUCCACGCAGAUCCCCAAGAACCACGCCAGCCUGGUGACCAGGGAGAACCAGGUCUUUGUGGCGGGGGGGUUGUUCUUUGACGAACAGAACAAGGAGGAUCCGCUCUGCUCCUACUUCCUGCAGUAUGACCCCGUCAGCGCCGACUGGCUGGGCAUGCCCCCCCUCCCAUCUCCCCGCUUCCUGUUUGGCCUGGGCGAGGCUGAGAACUCCAUCUUUGUCAUUGGGGGGAAGGAGCUGAAGGAGCAGGAGCACACACUGGACUCGGUCCUGGUCUACGACAGGCAAUCGUUCAAAUGGGGCGAAUCAGAGCCACUCCCUUACCUGGUCUAUGGACACGCCACGGUGUCCAACAAUGAUGUCGUCUACGUGAUUGGAGGGAAGCGAGAGGAAAAGUGACGCCUGAAGAGCAUGUGUGCGUACGACGCCAGGAUUGAAUGGAAGGAGCUGGCGCCCAUGAAGGUUGCACGCUCAUUAUUUUGCGCCGCCGUUCAUGACGGGAGGAUAUACGUGGCAGCGGGCGUCACGGACAAAGGGUUUAACGGACUCUGUAGAGUUUACGACACGCUACCAACGCGUUGAUGGUCUGAUUUCACAGCGUUCCCCCAGGAGCGCAGCUCUCUGAACCUGGUGUCUGUGGCAGGUUGCUCUACGGCCGUCGGAGGCUUCGCCAUGAUGCCGCUGGAGGGAGACGAGGUGGUUCCCAAGGAGAUGAACGACGUCUGGAGGUGGGUCAUCGUCGCCGCGCCUCUCAUUCCAGACUCUGCAAAAUGAAAUGAUACGUGACCUUUUUCCCCGUCAGAUACGAUUGCCGCCGAGGGGCGUUGGAACGGGAUCCUCAGAGAGAUCCAGUACUCCUCGGGGGCCACUAUCCUGGGCGUUCGCCUCAACACCCUGCGCCUCACCAAGAUGUGAACCCACAGCCCGGCAGAAUGAAGGCUGGAGGUCACGAGGACGUUCGACACGGGCACAUUGCAUCAUCGUGUGUUUGUGUUUCAAUGGACACUUUUCUUGAUUGAAGACAUUUUUAUACAUUUCCGUUUCCUGUAGCCUGCAGACACUCCUACAAAAUAAAAUGCAGACGUUUAACACCAAAAGGGUCAUGUUUCCCCGACAGAUGGCAGCAAAGUCGCAAUGUAUGCAGACAAUCGUACUGACAAGAAAACAGCACACGCGUCCAUUUGCAAUAAUAUAUCUAUACUGUUUAAUAUUGAAAUGAUUCAAUUACGCUG